AACAGCGCGAUGAACUCCGAGGUCGCGCAGCUGCUGGAGGCUGCCGACUUCGCGGCUCGCAAGCACAGCCAACAGCGGCGGAAGGACCCCGAAGAGACCCCCUACAUCAACCACCCCAUCGGUGUGGCUCGGAUUCUGACCCAUGAGGCGGGAAUCACUGACAUUGUGGUGUUACAGGCGGCCCUGCUCCAUGACACGGUGGAGGACACAGACACCACCCUGGAUGAAGUGGAGCUGCACUUUGGGGCACCUGUGCGGCGCUUGGUGGAGGAGGUGACAGAUGACAAGAGUCUGCCCAAACUGGAGAGAAAGCGGCUGCAGGUGGUGCAUGCCCCCCACAGCAGCCCUGGGGCCAAACUGGUGAAGCUGGCAGACAAGCUGUACAAUCUGAGGGACAUAAACCGCUGCACCCCAAAGGGUAAAACUACAAUAGCUAGACUAAGGGGAAGUUUUCGGGACAGAUCAUUCCAUCAGGAACUCAUCUCAUGGCCCUGCACCAAGCCCUCCAGGAAGUGGGCAAAAGGCAGCACUGUCCUUGACAUCACAUGAGCAGGUUUCUGUUCACUCUUAUGCAGGAUGGUCAGAACAUCGAGUCCAGGAAUACUUCACGUGGGCAGCGCAGGUGGUGAAGGGGCUUCAGGGAACAAACCAGCAACUGGAAGAGGCUCUAAAGGAUCUGUUCAAGGAACGGGGGCUGACACUCUGAGCAGUGCUUGGAGCCAUCUGGUGGCACAACUCCGGCCUUGCCCAGGCUGGACAGGAUUUGCCCUCCAGCUUUUCUGUGUCUGCUGAGCUCUCUCCCUUUUCCCCAGAUUAUCAGAGGCCAAGAACUCUUAGGCUUUCUUAAUCUGAAAGUCUUCUGCCAACUAGGGAGAGCCCCGAAUGAGGAAAUCAGAUGUAUCCCAUCCAUUUCUAAUGUUCUCACUGCCUUUCCUUGUCUUGGGUCUGUUUGUUGUUUUAUAUAGUGGGAUCUCUAGCCCCCUCGGGGACUUGGGCUUGUAUAAACAUUAGUUCCUAAAUUAUGAUGGAAAAUAAAAGAACUUUAGGUAAGAUUUAA